AUGGAAAACGCGCAGAACAAAAAAGUGAUAGUGGGAGCAGUUCAAAAUCAGGCUGUGCAAGUACCAAAUGCGAUGGCCGGAGACGGAUUGAAGCCUGGUUUUCCCGGUGGAGCAGUGGCGGAAACGCCGUACGCGGCAGCAAAAACGUCUGUGUGGUGGGAUAUAGAAAAUUGUCAGGUGCCCAGGGGAUGUGACGCCCAUGGAAUCGCUCAGAAUAUAAAUAAGGCAUUAAUGAAUAUGAACUAUCAUGGACCAGUCACCAUUUCCGCCUAUGGAGACAGCAAUGGCAUUCCCUCCUUCAUUCAACGUGCCCUCUCUAAUACUGGAAUCGCUCUCAAUCACGUCCCCGCCGGGGUUAAGGAUGCUAGUGAUAAGAAGAUUUUAGUGGAUAUGCUAUUUUGGGCAGUGGACAAUCCUGCACCUGCCAAUUAUUUGCUCAUUUCAGGAAGCGCGGAUUUCUCUUAUGCCAUUCAUCAGUUACGGAUGAGGAGAUAUAACAUUCUUCUAGCACAACCUUUUAAUAAUGCUUCUCCUGCUCUUGCUGCUGCUGCAACGAAUGUGUGGCAAUGGACAACCCUUGCUGCUGGAAAAUCUCAACGAGAACUUGCUUUUCGUAAUACCAACACAUUACGUCAAUAUUAUAUACCGAUUCCAAUUUCUAAACCUACAUCAGCAAACCAACCUGCUUAUUCCAAUGCCAAUGCCAAUGCUAAUACUUCCAAAGCCCAAAGUUUAUAUAAUCCUGGACGUUAUUUUGAUACUCCUAAAACUAUUUACGUACCUAAGAACUCGAAUCAACUGACUACGACCAGCAUGUCAGGUACGCCAGCUAUAGUUGAAGAAGCUAGUAGCAGCAAUUACCCACGCGCACCAGAUGUUGCACCGGUGCUGUUUGCACCACAUCUUUUUUUCACGAAGUCUGAUAGUUCAGAGAAGCACAACAGUAGAAUUGAAGAAACAAGUAGCAGCUGGUGCCCACGCUCACCAAUGGUUGCAUCACAUCUUUUGUUCGCAAAGUCUGAUAGUUCAAAUGUGAAAUUAGGUCUUGAGCUUAACUUAAACUCCAAAAGCUAG